AUGUAUCUCACGCGCGCGUUGGCUGCGUUAUCGCUAUGCAUCCCUGCGCUUGCGAAUCCUAUUGAGAAACGUGCAGUAGCCUUCAAUUGGGGUACUGAGAAAAUGAGAGGUGUCAACAUUGGUGGGUGGCUAGUUCUAGAACCAUGGAUUACUCCUUCGAUCUUCGACAGCGUAAAUCAGAACCGGCCCCAGAAAGAUAUUGUUGACGAGUAUACUUUGUGCGAUAAGUUGGGGCAUGAUCAGGCGCUCGCUAUCCUCAGAAAUCACUGGAACACGUGGACCACGUGGGCAGACUUUAAUAAGAUCAAACAAUCCGGGUUUAAUGUAGUUCGUAUUCCCGUUGGAUUUUGGGCUUAUGAUACAUUUGGUACUCCAUACGUGCAAGGUGCCAGGGACUAUAUCGACGCCGCAGUUGACUGGUCCCGAGGGUUGGGGUUGAAAAUCAUCAUCGACCUCCACAGCGCACCUGGAUCGCAGAACGGAUACGACAACUCAGGCCAGCGAUUAGACCGUCCAACUUGGCAGUCCGGCAACACCGUGCAGCAGACUCUACAAGUCCUUCAAACGAUAUCACAGAAGUAUGCGCAGACCAGGUACCAGGAUGUCAUCAUCGGCAUUGAACUCCUCAACGAGCCUGCCCUUUACUCUGACGCUCUGCGCGAGGACGUCUUGCGUCAGUUUUACAGGGACGGCUACGGCCAAGUCCGCGCAGUCUCUGAUACACCAGUUAUCAUGUCCGACGCUUUCAAGGCACCGAACACGUGGAAUGGAUUUCUCACUCCCUCCGACAACAACGCACAGAAUGUCGUGUUGGACCACCACGAGUACCAAGUUUUUGACAACGGUCUUCUCCGCUUGUCACCUCUACAGCAUCAACAACACGUCUGUAGCACUGCGGAAUCCUACAACGGUGCUGAUAAAUGGACUUUCGUGGGCGAAUGGUCAGGAGCGAUGACUGAUUGCGCCAAAUAUCUCAACGGUUAUGGCCGUGGCGCGCGAUACGAUGGCUCGUUUGCUGGCAGUUCAUUUGUUGGCUCUUGCAGCUGGCAGAACGAUGUGAAUCAGUGGUCUGCCGACUACAAGACCCAGUCGCGCAAGUACAUCGAGGCGCAAAUCGCAGCGUAUGAGUCGAAGACACAGGGAUGGACAUUCUGGAAUUUCAAGACAGAGGGAGCGGCAGAAUGGGACGCGUUCAAAUUGAUUGACGCUGGUGUUUUCCCGGCAAUCAAAAAUGGACGAGUGGAGUAUCAGUUUGGAUCGGGUUGUUCAAACUUCUGA